AUGUGUGUUUCGUCAGUGAAUUAUUCUGUGCUUGUGAAUACGGAUACCGUUGGACCUAUUCAACCAGGGAGAGGCUUGAGACAGGGGGACCCUCUAUCCCCCUAUCUCUUUAUUCUUGUUACUGAGGCUCUUUCGACUUUGAUUAAAGGAGUGGGCAAAUCUCACGGAGGCCAAGAUAUUAAUUUGUCCAAAUCUGAGGUGUUCUUUAGCAGGAAUAUCAGUAUUUCUGCUCAGAAGGAUCUGGCUAACAUCAUGGGAGUUUGUCAUGUCCUUGGUACAGGAACCUAUCUGGGUCUCCCUUCCCUUAUUGGUCGCAGUAAGAAGGUCAUUUUUGGGUAUGUGAAGGACAAAAUUUGGAAGAAGAUCAAUUAUUGGAGGGGCAGGCCGGUUUCUAAAGCAGGAAAGGAAGUGAUGAUAAAGUCAGUGCUGCAGUCUAUUCCAUCUUAUGUCAUGAGUCUGUUCGUUCUUCCUGAUGGCAGUAUCCAAGAUAUUGAAAUAAUGCUUAAUGCUUUCUGGUGGGGAGGUAGUAGUAACCAAAGUUGUAUUAAGUGGAUGGCGUGGGAUAAGUUCACAGGUCCUAAGAAUGAGGGGGGCUUGGUUUCCGAGACCUCAAGUCGUUUAACCUGGCCAUGGUAG